AUGGGAGAACGCAGCUCGAGCCUGUUAGGCAAGCUCACACUCAGAACAAAGCGUCGACUCGCCAACGCUUCCAAUGCUUCCGCCUCGUCCUCUUCAUCCAGCCGCUCGGCUGCCAGUUCAGCUGCAACCCCUGAGCCUCGAACACCCACCUCCUUGUGCGGGCAAGCCGACUACGGACUAGGCUACUCAAGCAUCAACCAUGAAUCCUCUUCAAAGUAUCGGAGCAAACGCAACAGCACGGCCGCGCUUCCAGACUCGGUCGAACAUGAUCGUUACGCGGAUCCCACCCGCACCCAAAAGCAGCGCAGUCUGCCCCGAUCAUACAGGCUCAGCUCUCACUCUCAAGAGGCUCCUCUCUUCGUCGAGUUUCAACAUCAAGCUAGACCCAACUCCCCCAUCCAGUCCACCGUCCGAGCCCGACCUCAGACCAGCAAGUCUCCACCCGACUAUGCUGCCUUGGACCCUCCUCGACCUCAAUCACCUUUCGCCAUGACUGGCACCAUCCCACGCUCUCACACUCACGCCCUCUUGGGACGCAGCUUGUCCUACGAUGGCUCAAAUCAAGCAACCAUCCCUCGCUCUUCUACGCAGCCUUUGACCAGCACACCUACAUCAGUUGUCGAACCUUCCGAGCAAUCCCUUUAUGUCGUGGCUCGCGGCUGGAAGAAAGGCAUCUAUGAAAUCAAGGAGGAAGCAGAGCGUCACACUCGAAACUUUCCCGGUCCUUUGAUCCAAACUUUCCACGAUCGACCAGCAGCCGAAGAGUUCUUGGCCAGCUCUGGUCGCCUCACACCUCAGUCGAUGUUUUCAGAUGAAGCUGAGGAUGAGCUUGUCGAAAGGACACGCAUCUUCAAAGGUCUUGAUCCUCAAAGCGAGGCAGCCAAGCGCAGAUCAAUGGGCAUGUCGCUCGAACGCAAAGAGUCGCGGCGCAGGUCGCGCAUGCUUGCCGCCACGCAUUCAUCCGUCCUUCAUCAAGAUGCAGCUGCCGUUGCCGUCAGCUCGCCUCCCUUGUCUUUCAGCAGCGUCUUCGCAGACAACGGUCCCAUCACCCCCAUCGACGAAAUCAGUGGCUUUGACAGCUCUUCUGCUCCGGUCCCCUUGCAAGCUAUGACCUUGCUCCCCGUCAAGGAUCUUGCAAGGUCGAUGCUCUUCUAUGCCAAAGUGCUGGAGCUCGCCUGCGUUUCUUACAUUCCCGAGGCGCAAGCCGUUAUGAGCUCUUCGGCUGCAACAAUCUGCCUGCGCACGAUCGAGCAAGCUCCUCUGUCGUCAGACGAAACCGACUUUUCGCGCACAAGCUCCCCUGGCUUGCCCAGACACGCACUCGGCGCAGACACGUUCUUGCCACCCACGCCCGAAUCGCUCAUUCUCCCAAGCACAGACCCAGGACCGCUUCAGCUGCCAGCCACAAGCCUUCCGCUUCAUUCUUCGUCAACUUCUACCUCGGGCGCAGUUGUGCUUAUCGAACUCAACGGCUCGCCUGACGCCAUGCAUACGCGGCUCACUGCAAAGCUUAACGAGUGGAGACUUGCGCAGUCUUCCCUCACAAAGGGAGCACUAGGAUGGCGCAAGGAUUCUCAACGGCGUCCAGCAGACCGCCUGGAAUGCGCAGGAGCUGCAUCUCUCUGA